AUGUGGUUUCUUCAAUUGAAUGUACCCGUAAGAAUCUACCAACCAGACGGCCCGUCAAAACCCGUCUUGCUUAUCUUCUUUCACGGAGGAGGCUAUUGCAUCGGAUCACGUGACACCCAUCACGGCGUGUGCCAGUCUCUGGCCCAAGUUGCCAAAUGUUAUGUAGCAUCAGUAGAAUAUCGCCUUGCACCAGAAAAUAAAUUUCCGGCCGGCAUUCAAGAUGCAUUGGCCUGCACGGAAUUUCUCUUGUCAUCAGACAACAGACAGUCCGUCGGUCUCCCUCGUGACGUCAUUGUUGGAGUCAGUGGUGACAGUGCAGGAGGCAAUUUUGCAGCAGUCAUGACUCAUGAGUUAAAAACCAAAGAAUCUAUAAAGUUCCAAAUUUUGGUGUAUCCUGGUGUCGACAUGUCGACUGCAAGGGAGUCGAUGAAGCGAUACGCUGCUGGACCUCUAAUAGAUGACAAGAUUAUUACAUGUGACAAUGAAGGUCAACACUUGACAGAAAACAGCCAUGAGAGGGAUGAGUCUGUAAACACGAUUCCUUCGGCAAAUCGUCACAUCCGGGCCCUAGUUUAUCUCUUCACAAUGUCUUCGCAACUAUCACCCAUGACGUUCCAUCCCGAAGCAACGGCACUGAUCGAACAGCUAAGUAAGUCAGAUCGCAAACGGCUGUACGAAAUGUCGCCCGAAGACGGAAGAAGAUCCACUACUGAUUUCUCGAAGAAGUUCGGAUCCUCUCUUGUCGAGUUCAAAGGCACGACAAGAGACGUCACCUGCAGCAAAUUGAAUGUACCCGUACGAAUCUACCAACCGGACGGCCCGUCAAAACCCGUCUUGCUCAUCUACUUUCACGGAGGAGGCUAUUGCAUCGGAUCACGUGACACCCAUCAUGGCCUGUGCCAGUCUCUGGCCCAAGUUGCCAACUUUUAUGUAGCAUCAGUAGAAUAUCGUCUUGCACCAGAGAACAAAUUUCCGGCCGGCAUUCAAGAUGCAUUGGCCUGCACGGAAUUUCUCUUGUCACCAGACAACAGAGAGUCCGUCGGUCUCCCUCGUGACGUCAUUGUUGGAGUCAGUGGUGACAGUGCAGGAGGCAAUUUUGCAGCAGUCAUGACUCAUGAGUUAAAAACCAAAGAAUCUAUAAAGUUCCAGAUUUUGGUGUAUCCUGGUGUCGACAUGUCGACUGCAAGGGAGUCGAUGAAGCGAUACGCUGCUGGACCUCUACUAGAUGUCAAGCUUAUUACAUGGUUUGUCACAAACUACCUAAACGAAGAAUCUGAAAAGACAAACCCACAAGCAUCGCCUUUAUUGUACGAGGACUUUUCUGAUCUUCCACCCUGUCUACUAAUCAUUGCUGAGCAUGACCCUCUGUUUGACGAAAGUCACGCUUAUGGAGACAAACUAAAGGCAGCCGGUGUUCCCGUGACGGUGAAUGUAUUCGAAGGACAAAUUCACGCAUUUUUUAGUUAUCCAGUUCUGUGCAAAGAGUCGUGUACAAGAGCUUACGAUAUGAUUGCUGAAUUUGUCGACAAACAGACAGCAAAAUAGUGCGCAGCUGCCAUUGCCCGCACCUCUCAGCAAAGCAGGCGCGCAUAUAGUUGUACGUACAACGUGAAUGUUUGACACAUGGAAUGAAUCCUUAAGCAUUCUAAAUACUAUUAUUACAUAAACACGCACAAAUGCCUCUGUGAUGAUCAUGUCUACAUGUAAUGUAAGUUCGCAUGUCUGUAGAAUUAAAAUCUAGCUUGCCCUACAGCAAAUAUUAAUCUAGUGACGUCCAUAUACAUGGAUUUAUAACGGAAUUAUAUUAUAUGUCAAUAUAUGCAUGUUUCACGCGGCUUCUAGAACAAAAAUUAUUAAAUCAUGA